AUGAAAUAUCUUGCGUUGUUCUUCCUUCUCAUUCUAGCAGUGGCAAUAGAAUCGAAAAGAAACAUAAGAUGUGAUCAGAAGCUGGACACUGGAAUAAAGUGCAGGAGAUUGACACCGCGGUACGCAUACAUGCCACGAUUGGAUAAAUGCAUUCAAUUCCAAUAUGGCGGAUGUGGAGGGAAUUCGAACAAUUUUGAAAGAAUGAGAGACUGUGAAGCAACUUGUGUGGGAAAAUAA